AUGAGAUUCUACUCCGUCAUUGUUUGUUUGGUUUCAUUUGUGCUGUCUGUUAGGGCAUUGCACUUUGAGGUCGAAGCUGUCGAGGCCACAAGAGCACCAACGUGUAUACGUGAUUUUGUCACCGAGGGUCAAUUGGUUGUUGUUAGUGUGCACUCGUCUGGUUCUUCCGGCGAUGGUCAAAAGUUGAAUAUGUUUAUCAGAGAUAGUGUUGGAAAUGAGUACAGAAACAAGAAGGACUUUGCAGGUGACCUCAGGGUGGCAUUCACAGCACACGCUUCUGCAGCAUUUGACGUUUGUUUCCAAAACGUUCUUGUUAGAAAAGGCAAAUCGCUAUCCAGAGAGAUUGAAUUGGACAUUGAGGCCGGUUCUGCUGCUAGAGACUGGAAUGCCAUCCAGGCUGCUGAGAAGCUUAAACCUGUUGAGUUGGAGUUGAGAAAAAUUGAAGAGCUUACCGAUGAGAUCGUUGGCGAGCUGGAGUACUUGAAGGCCAGAGAGGAGAGAUUGAGAGACACAAACGAGUCUACGAACAGAAGGGUGAGAAACUUCUCCGUGGCAAUAAUCAUUGCAUUGAUUGCGCUCGGUGCAUGGCAGCUUACUUACUUGCGUAACUACUUCAAGGCCAAACACAUCAUUUAA